CUCAACUCUUCUACUCAAAUUCAAUUUCUCUGACACAGAGAAAAUAUCCCCGUUAAGAUAAGAUGAUGAUGAAAUCAUCAUAUUCUUCAUACCUUUCUAUAUUAUUCCUAUUUUUCCUUCUCCUUGUGGAUAAAUCCCUCUCCAAAUCCGGUGCACGUUUUUCUCUAACCAGAGCAGUGUUCAUGCCGCACCACCCAGUGAUUGGUGGUUCCCAAUGGGAUCAAACCGUCGAGACCGUGGAACAGCAAGAGUCUGCUCCACAACCAACGAAGCAAAUCAAAGGCCUCUCCAAAAUCAAAGACUACUUCUCCAACUUCGGCUACCUCCUCUCCUCCGGUGGCACAUUCAACGAUGAUUUGGACCAGGCAACGGUUUCAGCCAUCACCACCUACCAACGAUUCUUCAAUCUCAAGAUCACCGGCGACUUAACCAACGAGACUUUACAGCAAAUCUCGCUGCCGCGGUGCGGCGUCCCCGACAUGAACUUUGACUACGAUGUCUCCAAAGACAACGUGUCGUGGCCUAUGUCCAGAUACCAUCGGAGAUGGUUUCCGGACAGAAACCUCACGUACGGGUUUUCUCCCGCGAGCAAGAUCCCGUCCAACGCGACGAAGGCGUUCAGGGACGCCUUCGCACGAUGGGCGGGAUCUGUGCCUGGUUUAAACUUGACAGAGACGAAUUACAACAGCGCCGACUUAAAGGUAGGGUUCUAUAACUUGGAUGAAGGUGUGGAGGAUGUAGUGUGGGGUGAGAGCAUUAUAAGAUUGAAUGCUUCAAAUGUGGUUUCUGGAGAGAUACGUUUGGAUGCGACUAAAGACUGGAAGCUGCCCGGUGAAAAGGGUGAAAACGGCACCGCAUUGGACUUGGAGAGUGCAGCGAUGCAUCACAUAGGGCAUUUGCUAGGACUUGAUCAUUCCAACGAUGAAGAGUCUGUUAUGUACCCUUAUGUGUUGCCGUCGCGGCGGCAGAAGGUGAAGCUUUCGAGUUCUGAUAAGGAGAAUAUUCGGCUUGUGUAUAGCAAAGGUCACUCUGGCAAUGGUGGAAGUUGGGGAGUGGUUCGAAUUGUAACCACCUUGGCUCUUGGCUUUGCUUAUUAUGCGGUGGUGCUAGCUUGAUUGAUGUUGAAAAAGGUACCUACUCAAUAGUGUUCACUCCUAGAUCAAAUCUCACAUGAUAAGUAAUGGUGGACAAAAUGGGAUACAUUGAAAUUCUGCAUCAAUUAAGAAUAAGAUGAGUUAAACUAUAUAGAUAAGAAAAAAAAUUAUUUUAAAAAUUGAUUAUGUAAUGUUGAGUUAGACUCAUAAUUCAUUUUCUGAUGGAGCUUGUUAGAAAUAACUUUAUUUGGACCUCGAUUAAUGGUGUGAGUCAUGAGAAAAUUAGAAAAAGAAUGUUGAAUGUUGAGGUGUUAUAAUUCUCUGUUAUAGUAAUUGAUUAUUAAUCUGUUUGCAAAAACGUAGGCGUUUUAAGAUUCGAUUAUGAUGAGUUUAAAUUGAGUGGUUUUGAAAGAUGGCGAGGAAGACUACGUUUUCGUUCAAAUGCAACAUAACAAAGUCAUGGAAAUGACAAAAUUUAACUCGAGCUUUCGGAUAAGGUUUUGGGUUCUGACUUAUGUUUCUUGGAAUUUGAUUAUUGUUGAAUUGAAUGUAGAGGUUCGUUAUGAUCGGUCCCGAAAGGUUUAUGAGGAUUGGAUGAUUUUUUGAGCUUUUUUGUUGUUGGAUGUCAAUUAGGCUUUGUUUGGUGUUUUUUGCUUUUAUGAAUCUGUAGCUAUUUUCUUUUGUUUCAAUAGUCAGCAUGAUAAGUCGGUAAUAAAAAAAAGUGAUUGAAUUUGUUUAA